CCAGUGCUCUCCAUAAGCCCCGGCGGUCGGCGAAAUCGCCGACUACUGCACAGUCUACCGCCGGCUACUUUUGCCAAACCAUAAAAUAAAAAAUCCCCCAAAAAUAUCCUUCGUAGUUUUCUUUUUUUACUGGUGGUUCGCCGAAUCGUAAACAAAAACAAUAUGUGGAAUCCCAAGCAUGUUAUGCGCAUACGGUUAGCGCAUCUAUUUUAUCGUCCUAUUAUAUUGGCGCGCACUGAUCAGAUUUUUUUUACUGUUUCCGUCUCGUUUCGGGAUUAACAAUCGGAACCAAUGCGGUAACAGAAAACGACUCGUCUCUUUCCGUAAGUUUACGUUAUCCAAUGAUAUUUCGUAAAUUGUAUGUCACGGAUACGCAUGCCGUAACGGGUGGGGGAAUUAAGGUCAAAACUGUCAAAAUGUCAGGCCCUCCGAAGAAGAAAAUAAAGACAAUCGGAGGACAACAAACGCUUCAUACGCUUUGGAGAAAAGAACAGGGUACUUUGAUGACCUUUUUUCUAGGUUUACAUCAUUUGUUGACAAAGUAAAAGCGUAAUUGAAUACAUUUUUUAAUGUCAGUUUGACCUACGAGGCUACGUCAUUGAAUGUUCGGUACGAGCGAAAUUUAAAUUGUUACUACGUUUUUCUAUAUAAUUUUAAUUGAUUUGAACAUGAUUUGAUAUCUAUUUCACGAAUAAAAAUAUCUUUAUGCCUGUUGGUUUCUUGUUUAAAAUCUAUGCAUGACUACAGUAUAGUAUGGAAAAUACAGGUAGAUCUCUACAACUAUAUAUAGGCUUUAAUAUAAAAAUUAAAAUAUGAAAUAUUUCUUUCAAAACUUAGUGCCAUCCUUUUUUUCAUAAUAUUGUAGAAUUUUUAUUUUUGCAAAAUAAAGUAUUAGAUCAUUUUUAAAAUAUUUGAACAAUCCUUUCAAUACAUUAAAUAAUAUGCUAGAAUUAACACAAAAAGAUAUAGACCCUAUAUAUAAUGUAUAGAAUUAAUCUUAUUAAAAUAUCACAGUCAUGUAAAAGAUCCAAAGUCAUAACAGAUCACUAAAAGAAUUAUAAUAUUAGAAAAUAUAUAUUCAAAAAGAAUAAAUAUAGUUAUAUCACCAAUAUCACAGUAGAGAGCUAAUAUCACAGUUUUGCAAGGAAAAAAGAUGUAAACUUCAUACUGGUGUGCAAAAAUCAAAAACAAAAGAAAAAAAUUAAAACAAAUUAAACACAUACCAAACAAUUUCACAAUUUUAAUAAAUGUAUCAAAUAUGGCAUUAUAGCACAAAAAACUUUGUUCAUUUUAGAAUCUGACCUAAGCCACAGUGAUGAUACUCAGGAAAAUGUAGAACCACCUGCCCAGGUUGAAAAGAUAAAUUUUGUUCCACAUCAGCAACUUGCUCAGAUUUCAGAAACUGACAAAAACAAUAACAAGUCUGAAUCACAUGCCUCUGACCCUGUGAAAAUCUGUAUAAGUAAUAAAAAUGAAUUAAGUAAAGCUGAAGCUGUUGAGCUAUUGAAGGAACACUUUGAGGAUUCUUUGAGUGAUUGCAAACUCCAUAGUUUUUAUACCUGUUCAGGUGUGUGCAGUGAACUUUCUGAAAUUGAGCUAAAAAGAAUACGUAGUGAAAAGGCACCAAAGUGUACUGGCCAAGAAAAAAAGAAAAAAGGAAGUGAUAUUUUUCGCCAUGCAUGGCUCACUGAUAGAAAAACUUCUUACAGUGAUGAUACAGGUAUCUGGUGGCUGGUGUAUGUCGAAGGAAAAGGCAUGUUCUGUCUACUGUGUAAGACUCAUAAUACAUCCAAUAAGUUCAAUAAACAGAACACAUUCAAUAUCACACCAUCAAACAACUUUAAACAUAGUGCCAUUUUGGAUCAUCAACGCUCCACGGGUCAUAAUAGUACUUACUUAUGUGAGCUUGAGCGGCGUAACUCAUGCCUUGUAUCAAUGCACAGGGAAGCAAAAGAGAGCAAAGACUUAGUGACAUUUAAUGCCUUUUUAGCAAGUUACUGGUUAGGGAAGGAAGAAGUAUCUAACAAAAAAUUGUUGUCGCUGAUUGAGUUACAGAAACAGAUUGGAGUUGAGGCAAUGAAUCAUUUUAAGAACACUAGUGAACGUAGUCAAAAAGACAUGAGGCUUCUUGUUGGACAAAUGAUUAAAACUAAGUUGGUUGAAAAUGUUAAAACAGCAAAGUGGUUUAGCCUACUCGUUGACGAGGUUACCGACUGUUCUUCUAUGGAACAAUUGCUGAUUUACGUUGGCUAUGUUGAUGCACAGGGAGAUUCACACUUUCAAUUCCUGGACUGCAAAGAUGUGCUUGAGAACUCUCACAGUGCUAAUGCAGCAACAAUCACUGAGGUUAUUGUUCAAGAAUUGAGUUCCUGCCAUUUAAGCACAGACAAUCUGUGUGGGUUUGGCUCAGACGGAGCAAGUGUUAUGACAGGGCCAAAAAAUGGAGUUGG